AACUGACUACAAAACUUCAUUUCCCUGAGAGAGUAGUGUUAGGUCAGUGAGAAUCUGAAAUUUUCAAAAAAAUGCAGAAAUUCAUACUGAUACAAUCACUCUAUCGUUCUGUAUGUCGCAGAUCUUCAGCUUUCUCGGUUUCCGCCGUCACCGCCGCCGCAUCUGCCGCCGUCAACCACCACUCCCACCGCCACCUUCAUAUUUCAGCUUCUCCUAGAACCCCUUAUCGUGAAUUGCGACAUCUUUUGACAACGGCAAUAGGAAGCACACGUUCUUUUAGUGAGUAUGUGGCCCACAUGCCUGACAUAAAAGAUCCGGAGGUCGAACGGGCUUUUAAGGACUUGAUGGCUGCAAGCUGGGAUGAGCUCCCAAAUGCAGUUGUUGGUGAUGCAGAGAAUGCAUUGACAAAAAGUACUGAUGACAAGGCUGGUCAGGAAGCCUUGAUCAAUGUUUUCCGUGCAGCAGAGGCAGUGGAGGAGUUCACAGGGAUCCUCACAUCUCUGAAAAUGGAGAUCGAUGAAGCGAUUGGUUUAAGUGGUGAGAAUGUGAAACCUAUGUCAAAAGAAUUCUCUGAUGCAUUCCAAACAAUAUUUCAACGUUACAUCACCUACUUGAGUUCUUUUGGGUCAGAAGAGGUAUACUUGAAGAAGAAAGUUGAGAUGGAACUAGGGACAAAGAUGAUACACUUGAAAAUGAGAUGCAGUGGCCUUGAUUCUGAAUGGGGAAAGGGCGUUAAAGUGGCAGUGGGAGAGGGAAGGACACCCUAGGUUACAGUUCUUGGGACUUCAGGACUUGCUGGUUCCUAUGUUGAGCAAAGAGCAUAAGCCUUCAAUGAUGGCUGAAAGUCCGAAGUGUUUUUGCCUUUAAGUCACUUAUGCAACAUUUUCCUGGAAAAAGAAAAGGAAGUUUUAGAUAAUACAGGAUGAUAUCGAUGUGAUCCGUUAAAUUGCACUGUUGUUUCGCAAGUUUGAUAAUGUGAUAGCCGCAAUAUGUAGUUGAUACUAAUCCUAAUAACUUCUUCAAGAAGAGUUUCCUGAGUAUUCAGAAAGAUAGUGUUUCAUGUCAAUUGAUUCAGGUCCACUGGUUUAAUUUUUCUUGAUUGAUAAUUGGACAUGGCACUGUGAGGUAGCCAGCUCACUUUUAUCUCUUUUGUGUUCAAUUGAACAAACUGAAUUUAUGAACAUCUUUGAUUGACAGUA